AUGCCUUCCGGAGAAGCCUUUGAUUUGUACAUCAACAUCAAUGCCGAAGCUCCUACAAGAAGGAAGAAACGAAGUAGGCAACACCCUGAGGAAAGCAGUAGUGACCCCUUCAAGAAAAAGGCCCAGACUGAGGAUCCUCCUGCACCACCACCUUCCCAGGACACGACCCCUCCUCCGGCUCCCCUCGACCCGACUCCUCCAGCUUCCCUUGACCCGACUCCUCCAGCUCCUCACAGCCCAAGUCUUCCUGAUCAGACAGGAAAGACUCAGGCCGAGGCUAUCCUAAACACAUCAUACAACUCGGCUAACAAAAAGCUGAAGAAACUUUCAAGACACCGGCGUAGCCAGGAAGCCUUCAGCAAUGUUUCCUCCAUGAAGAUUGACAAAAUUUUCAGCUGCGCGCUGAAUGAAGUACUCAGUGGAGUUCUGAUCAUGAGUACUGGUUGGAGUUGCUUGGAGGAGAUUGUUGCCAAGCAUGCUGAAGAGAUCAAGAUAGUCGAGGAAAGACUCGCCGAGCAGCUCAAAGCAGUCGAGGCCAAACAUGCCAAGCAGCUGAGAGCGACUGAGGAGAAAAAUGCUAGCCUUAGCAAGGAUCUGAGGAAACACCAGGAGGCAUUUGUCAAAAUCACUAAAGCCAAGGAAAAGUAUAAGGAGGCUUCGGUGCUGAACGUUAAAGAGGCCUCCAAGCUUCAGGAUGACCUGGUGAUCAUCAGGAAAGAAACCGUCGAGUAG